AUGAAGAUGGAGACGUGGGCAAUCAUAGUCACAGUUAUGUUUGUUGCCUUUGCUGUAAUGAUCGCUUUGAGUUUGUUUUUCGGAAGGCGUACAAGUGUCCCCCAUGGUGGUACUGGCGGUGGUGGAGGUGGAGGCUUAGGCGGUGGAGCCCAUAUUAAUAACGACGUUGAAGCCAAUAUUGGCAUUGGAACAGACUUUGGCGGUGGAGCCAAUUUUUCCAGUGGGGCUGACUAUGGCGGCAUAGGAGGUGGAGCUGGUUUUGGCGGUGGAGGUGAUUUUGGUGGUGGUGGUGGUGGAGGGGGAGGAGGACAUGUUGGCAGUGCAUGUUAA